CGCGGGUUCCGGAGUCCUCGCAUGCGGCCGGCCGUCCUCGUGGCUGCUCUUCCUGCCGGCGCCUUCCCGUGUCACCAUGGCAGACGCGUUCGCGGGCACCUGGAGACUGGUGGACAGCAAGAAUUUCGAUGACUACAUGAAGUCGCUCGGUGUGGGGUUUGCUACCAGACAGGUGGCUAAUAUGACCAAGCCUACCACCAUCAUUGAAGUGAACGGGGAAAACAUCACCGUAAAGACACAGAGCACCUUUAAGAACACGGAGAUCAGCUUCAAACUGGGAGUGGAGUUUGAUGAGACAACGGCAGAUGACCGCAAGGUCAAGUCCACUGUGACGCUGGAUGGCGGCAAACUCGUCCACACGCAGAAGUGGGAUGGGCAGGUGACGACGCUUGUCCGGGAACUAAGUGAUGGGAAGCUCAUCCUGACACUUUCCCACGGCAGUGUGGUCAGCACUCGCACCUACGAGAAAGAGGCUUGACGGACUGCUCGGCCAACAGCGACCACUGGACUCGGCACCCGACUGCCUCAUUGCGCCCCUCUGGCAUUUUGUAUAAAUUCACUUCGGUUGGGGAGUCCUGGGAUCAGGUGGCAUCAGCCUGGUCCGGUUCCCACUGUGUAUGCUUGCUUUUUAACUGUCUCUGCAAGGUGCUCUGAGGUCAAUAAAGGAGAGCUCACGGCCA